AUGAAAUAGAAAAUUUGUGCUGGGAUGCCAAAUUAUGAAAUUAUAAAUACCAUUGAAGAUGAUGGAAAUACAAUUAUCUUGCAUGAAAUUCGGUUUGCAGCAUUUGAUUUAUUUUAAUUGAUUCCAAAUUCCAUAUACUUAAGUGUUUCUUUUUAUGAAAUAUAUUGUUCAAAGUUAUUUGAUCUUUUGAAUGAUCGAUUAUAAUUGGUUGCUAGAGAAGAUGCAAAAGGUUAAGUAAAUAUUGCAGAAUUACAGUAAAUUUAAGAUAACUUGAUAAAAACAUAUAUAUAUAAAUAAAAAAUAAAAAAGCAUAUCAGUAUAAAAAGUUAAUAAUUUAUAGAAAUUUUUAAGAGUGAUAGCUUAAAAUAGUGUAAAUUAAAAUUCUUCAAGAUCACAUGGAUAUUAAAAAUAAAUCUUAAAUAAUAAAAUAACUAGAAAGUUAUGAUUCAUAGAUUUGAGUGAAA